GUCGUCACUGCCCGAGACCGUCACGGACUUGGCUGCCUUGUGCGCCUUGAACCUGAGGACCAAUCCCCUCACGGAGCUCCCAAAGCGCCUCGAUGAGUUGCAAGCGCUCAAAUCCCUGGAUAUCAGCUCCACGCCGUUGGGCAAGUCUUUGCUGCUCCCUCCGCAGGGUCACUGCCCCACACGGCGAACGCUCUAUCUAAUGAACAAGUACGACGCUUUGCAGACCAUUCGCCUGGAGAAGACUCAGAGCUCACCUCUGCCUGAUGGCCUGGCUUCCUGGGGCCAAGGACCUCCACCGAAGCCACCCCCAGGGAAUUCGGCCCGACACAGUCGAACUGGUCAAGCGCCGGGCGGACGAGCUGGCAAGGACUCGUGGGGCUACAGCUGUUUCGACGGAGGGCCCGAGGACUUCCACAUCUUCCCGCGGCGGUCAGCUGCGGAGGAGGCUGGCGAUGAUCCCUUCCUCCGGCAGGUGUUGCAGGACAUCGAGCAUCAGCUGGAGCAGUGCCUGGAGUCCUCCAAGAGGCAGAAAGUCUUCAGGAGUCUACUCCGGCAGUGGCAUCCGGACAAGCGCCGCGAGGACGAGGAGUUGGCCACGCGCGUGUUCCAAUGGCUGCAGACGAUGAAGUAG